AUGGAAACCACCCUCUUCUUGGUCCUACUGUUGCUGCUAUUCAUGUCUUUAAUCAUUCUUCGAAGCAGGAGACCAUCAAACUUGCUGCCCCCGGGUUCCCUCGGGCUGCCCAUGAUCGGUCAAAGCUUUAGCCUUUUGAAAGCAUUGCGAGCCAACACUGACCAAGAGUGGUUCCAAGAAAGAAUAAAGAAGUAUGGAUCUAUCUCAAAACUUACCCUUUUUGGGCACCCAACGGUUUUCCUCCAUGGCCAGGCUGCAAAUAAGUUUAUAUACACCUGUGAUGGGAACACCCUUGCCAACAAGAUGCCACCAUCACUUAGCAGGAUCUUGGGGAAAAAGAUCAUAGUAGAAUUGAACGGUGAAGAUCAUAAGCGAGUAAGAACAGCAAUCGUAUCAUUUUUGAGGCCCGAAGUGUUGAAAAUAUAUGCGGUAAAGAUGGAUCGAGAAAUAAGAAAGCAUCUUGAUGAUCAUUGGCAUGGGAAACACGAGGUUGAGGUGAUGCCGGUAUUAAAGGCUCUUACAUUUAAUGUAAUUUGUUCACUUGUGCUUGGGUUAGACGGAGGGCCGAUACGAGCUAAACUCUUGUCACUUUUUCAAGAAAUGACCCGAGGAUUACUUUCGGUACCUAUAAACUUACCAUUAACACAAUUCAAUCGCAGUAUUAAUUCAAGUUUAAGACUGAAAACGAUAGUCAUGGAUCUAAUACGUGAAAAAAGGACAGCUUUGGAGGAAAACCGAGCUCAGUCUCAUCAAGAUCUGAUUUCACACUUGAUAACUAUGCAAAAUGAGAACCCGGAAUCUACAAGUGAUGAUGAAAUUGUGGAUAAUGUAGUUGGGUUGAUGUUUGGAGGAUAUGAUGCGACAUCCAGCCUCAUAAGUUUCAUGAUCAAAUUAUUAGCCGAACACCCGAGUGUCUACGAUGUUGUUGUUAAAGAGCAAGAUGGGAUCGCUAGAAACAAGGGUUUGGGAGAGUCAUUGACAUGGGAGGAGGUUAUGAAUAUGAAGUACACAUGGAGAGUAGCAAUGGAAGUUCUUCGCUUGACGCCGCCUUUCUUUGGUUCUUUUAGGAGGGCCAUCAAAGAUAUUGAAUACGGAGGAUAUAUAAUUCCUAAAGGUUGGCAGGUGAUGUGGGUUUCAAGCAUGACACACAUGGAUGCCAACAUCUUUCCUAAGCCAUCGCACUUCGAUCCAUCGCGAUUUGAGGAACAAACAUCAACACCGCCUUACAGUUUCGUGCCAUUUGGUGGAGGACCGAGGCUAUGCCCAGGUGGCGAGUUUGCAAAGAUGGAAACUCUAACCAUGAUCCAUUACUUGGUGACACGGUUCACGUGGAAGCUUUCAUUGAAAGAAAACGUGUUUAGAAGAGAUCCGAUGCCCGUCUUUAAUCAUGGGCUACCCGUCCUCGUAGUUCCUAGAGAAUGUGAUCAUGCAAUGAUAUGA